AUGCAAGGUCCCGGAAUUGAUGCUGGCUCCCAGCCCUACGCCUCUAUGGCUGGGAAGCUGGACCCCAGACUCCUCAAAGCCCUCGAUGUGAUGGGCUUUACGUCCAUGACCCCCGUCCAGCAACGUGUUUUGACCGAACUUCCCAACUGGCGCAGUGACUGCCUCGUCCAGGCCAAGACCGGUACUGGUAAAACUCUUGCCUUCUUGCUCCCUGCUUUGCACUGCCUGCUCCAAGGUCAGGCACCUCCCAGAGGCAAGGUCGCUAUCUUGAUCAUUACGCCGACGCGAGAGCUUGCUCAACAGAUCGCAAAGUCAUGCGAUGAGCUCACUUCCCAACUAACGACCCCUCUGGAGUGCCAUAUUGCGGUUGGAGGAACCGCUCGGGCUUCAGCUCACUCGCGCUUCAUGAAGGGUGCUCCGUCUAUUCUGGUUGCAACCCCCGGACGACUCAAGGACUACCUGUCUGAGGACUACACUGCUCAGAAGCUUUCGAACAUUCAAACUCUGGUUUUGGAUGAAGCCGACACGAUGCUGGAGUCCGGGUUCAUUGCUGAUGUGAAGCGAAUCCUGCAGCUCAUCCCGCCCAAGAGCACGGGCUGGCAGGGAAUGUGUUUCUCAGCCACUGUUCCUCCCAAAGUCAAGGAUGUCGUCAGUGUUGUUUUGAAGUCGGGCUACAGCAAUAUUUCGACUAUCGAUAAGAACGAAGCCCCAACGCACGAGAGAGUACCCCAGUACCAUGUCCUGAUACCGUCAGUGGCAGAGACCUUUACCACGCUUGCUUCCCUUCUCAACAUGGAGAUCAAGAAAUGCUCUAAGAUCAUUGUCUUUGGCGUCACUGCAAACAUGGUUGCACUUUUGGCAAAUGUCUUCUCUGAGGGCUUGACCCCCUUGAAGGUGUUUGAGAUCCAUUCCAGACUCAACCAGAGCCGCCGCACAAAGACUACGGAGAUGUUCAAGGAGGCUUCUGCCGGAAUCAUGUUCGCCUCCGAUGUUAUCGGCCGUGGCAUGGAUUUCCCCAAUGUCGACCUGGUCAUUCAGGUUGGCCUGCCGUCCAACGGUGAGCAGUAUGUUCACCGUGUCGGCCGUACAGCCCGUGCCGGCAACGAUGGCCGCGCUAUCAUUCUCCUCACGGAGGCUGAGUCUUUCUUCAUGAAAGUCAACCGCCACUUGCCCAUCAAGCCCCACCCGCAGACCGACGCAAUCAACGCGGCCGCGCCAUUAUGCGCCGAUGCGGUCACUAUGGCCAUGUACAGCAUUGAUGAAGAGACAAAGCAACGCGCCUACUCGUCCUUCAUUGGAUUCUUCGCUGGUUCGGGUCUUCUGAAGCCGCUUCGUCUCGACAAGACUGGCCUUGUUCAAAUGGCCAAUAAGAUGGCUAUGGAGGGUAUGGGUUGCCCUGAGCCACCGCCGAUGGAUAAGAAGGUCAUUGGCAAGAUGGGCUUGAAGGGUGUUCCUGGGUUCAACUAUGCGAGUGGCAAUGAUCUAUAUGGAGGAAAUCGUCCGCAAAGCCGUUCCAAUGGUCGACACCCUGGCAAGAACCGUGACGCCCUUAGCCCUGGAGCUGGCCGAGACCAACACGGUGGAGUUGACAAAGGCCGCCGUGGCCGUGGCGGCGGAGGUGGGCGUGGAGCGCGUCGUGGCGGGCGUGGAGGAAAGCCGAGAGGAGCAUAG